AGAAGAAUAUUAGACCUCACCUUGGAGAUCAUCUUCCUGCUGAGCGGAGAGGAUUACACCAUAGUGAAGAAGACAUCGGGGGGGACUCCCAUCAACCAUGAGUCAGGAGGGUGGAGCAGGACCCCCAUCACAGAGCCUCCUCCCCUGAUACAUGAGCAGAAGAUCCUAGAACUCACCCACAAGAUGCUUGAGCUGCUGACUGGAGAGGUUCCUGUAAGGUGUCAGGAUGUGGCGGUCUAUUUCUCCAUGGAGGAGUGGGAGUAUGUAGAAGGACACCAGGAUCUGUACAAGGAGGCCAUGAUGGAGGCUCCCCGGCCUCUGACAUCACCAGAAAUUCCUAGAAAGAACUCUGAGGGCAUGUUAUCUCCAGAUUAUAAAGUAGAAGAUGACGAUAUCAGGCCGCGCUCUUCAGAAGAAAACCUCCCAACCUUAUCACUAGAUUAUAAAGUAGAAGAUGACGAUAUCAGGCCGCGCUCUUCAGAAGAAAACCUCCCAACCUUAUCACUAGAUUAUAAAGUAGAAGAUGACGAUAUCAGGCCGCGCUCUUCAGAAGAAAACCUCCCAACCUUAUCACUAGAUUAUAAAGUAGCAGAUGACGAUAUCAGGCCGCGCUCUUCAGGAGAGAACAUCAUAAACUUAUCACUAAAUUCUGAAGUAGAAGAUGAAGAUAUCAGGCCGUGCACUUCAGAAGAAAACCUCCCAACCUUAUCACUAAAUUAUGAAGUAGAAGAUGAAGAUAUCAGGCCGUGCACUUCAGAAGAGAAUGUCAUAAACUUAUCACUAGAUUAUGAAGUAGUAGAUGAAGAUAUCAGGCAGCGUUCUUCAGGAGAGAACCUAAUCACUUGUAAUGUACAUCUAGGACUUCACAGUACAGACCUAUCGUACGAUUCCCCUAAUCACGAGGAACCUUCUCCUGACCAAGCACAGAUUAUUACCUCAAAUCUAUAUCUAUCAAAUAAUUCUAAUAAUGAGGAACCUUUUCCUGACCAAUCACAGAUGACCACAUAUACCCUGGGGGGUAAAAGGCAUCAGUGUGGGGAAUGUGGAAAACUGUAUACAAACCUCUCAAAUCUAUAUAAACACAGAAGAAUUCACACAGGAGAGAGGCCAUAUUCAUGCUCAGAAUGUGGGAAAUGUUUUAUUACUAAAAACAUGCUCGAGGUCCAUCAGAGAAGUCACACAGGAGAAAAACCAUAUUUAUGUUCCGAAUGUGGAAAAGGUUUUAUUACUAAAGACAACCUCAGAAUUCAUCAGAGAAUUCACACAGGAGAGAAGCCAUAUUCAUGUUCAGAAUGUGGGAAAUGUUUUACAGAUAAAUCAGGUCUUGUCAAGCAUCGGCGACAUCACACCGGAGAGAAGCCGUAUUCCUGUUCUGAAUGUGGGAAAUGUUUUACAGAUAAAGCAAGUCUUCUUAGACAUCAGAGAAUUCACACAGGAGAAAAGCCGUAUUCAUGCUCAGAAUGUGGAAUAUGUUUUAUGUAUGAAUCACAAGUUGUGAGGCAUGAGAGAAUCCACACAGUAGAGAAGCCGUAUUCAUGCUCAGAAUGUGGGGAAAAUUUUAUUACUAAAAACCAGCUCAAGGUUCAUCAGAGAUGUCACACAGGGGAGAAACCAACAUGAAUCCACGACAUGUAUCUUCCAACAGUUUAAUAAACCAUACAAUCCUAAUGCUGGACAUUUAGUACCAACUCUAACACUAUAUUGCUAAGACAAUCCUAGCGAAGAACAACAAGCCACAUAUCCCCAGAGGCUCUGCAUUUUGAUAACCAUCUGAAUCAUUCUGACUUACUCAAACCGCAAGCCUAGAAACCCACCUGACACCUCGAGCACAGGGGUGCACCUAGACUUUCUGUUGCCUGAUAUGAAAACUGAAACGGCACCCCCCGCCAAUGCCAAUUUCUUAACCCAACCCCUUUGCCACAAUGAAAUCGCUCAUUGCCGAUGGCCCUUUCGCUGCCCCCCUAUUGCCUCACCUGGCCUCAUCGGUGGUGCACCCCUACUCUAGCAUACCUGCUUUUCAGGCAGGAGGCUUUAGUUGCCUGGAAGAUACAUACUCUAUGGAAUCCACAACCAAAGGUCGCAGUACAAGCUAUCUCUGACCACUUUUCUGGAAAGAUAUCAAGCUAUAAAGGCCAAACAUCAGCAGUACAAGGCAGGUUCGAUCACAGCGCACCAUGCACUCCAGCUAAAUUAGGGAUAUCCACUAGUAUACCAAAGGCAUGUGCAUCUGUACUCCACCCCUGGACCUACUACACCAUCUACUAGUAACGGACAGAACAGUAAUCUAGAUAUGGCCAAUUUCACUAUACAACCCACGUCUCAUCCCUCCUAGAAACCCCCGAAGUCCCUGAUUCUUAUUGACGACACAGAUAAGGACAUAGAAACUUCAGUCCCCUUUUUAUAAAGUGGAACCUAAGCAAACGGGAAAUGAAAUCACUCCUAGAUCUAAAUGAGAAUACGAAAAUCGGGCCGCAGGUAA